CUACCAGUCUACCCGGACCAAAUUUCCGUAUCUAUUUGCACAGAAUUCUCUCGUCUUCUGCGUUCUAGUUUCUACUCCAGAGGAAAAAGGGGGGGAAAAUGCAGGCAAGUGAUAGAUUCAAUAUCAAUUCCCAGCUGGAACACUUGCAAGCUAGAUAUGUAGGAACUGGGCAUGCUGACUUGACGAGAUUUGAGUGGGCAGUGAAUAUUCAGCGCGAUAGCUACGCCUCGUAUAUUGGCCACUACCCAAUGUUGGCAUACUUUGCUAUUGCAGAGAAUGAAUCUAUUGGAAGAGAACGCUACAAUUUCAUGCAGAAAAUGCUUGCUCCUUGUGGUCUUCCACCAGAGAGGGAAGAUGAUUAAGAGUUCCAACAUGCUAUGCUGCUACAGACUAAACUGAAGUGUGCCAUCAAACUUAUUAUAAAAUUGUUUUGCUAUAUACUUUGGUUGUUAACCUGUGGUAUCAAGUCAUCUUAUGUUGUUAGUAUGCUAUUAGUGAUUAGAAUUUUAAUUGUUUGUGUAGGUAUGGAUAAUAAUGAUAUGCACAUUAAGCUUCUUCUAUAUUAGUAGCACUAUCUUCAACAUUGAGAGUACUUGAAAUAUGAGGUUGAAUUUUGAAAUUUGGUGGCAUAUGCAA